AUGCUUGAGGACCCCUCGUACAAUUCAGUAGUACGAUGGAGCGCCGACGGCGAUAGCUUUGUUGUGUUGGAGAACGAGAAAUUCACUAAGACUAUCCUUCCGAAACACUUCAAGCACAGCAACUUUGCGAGUUUCGUCCGCCAAUUAAACAAGUAUGAUUUCCACAAGGUCAGGCACAACGAGGAGAGUGGCGAGUCACCAUAUGGGCGCGACGCCUGGGAAUUCCGGCACCCUGAAUUCAGGGCGGACCGGAAAGAUAACCUGGACAAUAUUCGGAGAAAGGCACCGGCGCCUCGCAAGCCUCCGCCGGCCGAAGACGCAUUCCCAGCGUCGCAGCAGAUCAUGGUCCUGAGCGAAUCCCUGUCGGCGUCCCAACAUCAAAUCCAAGCCCUGCAAGAACAGUAUUAUGAACUCGAAAAGACAAACAGGCUUCUGGUUGCCGAGGUCCUGGGUCUGCAAAAGAUGGUUAGGGCACAAAGCCAGGCGACCAACGAGCUCAUCACACAUCUGAGCAAUAUGGAGGACAGGCGACGAAACAGCCGUCACUCGGCUCAGUCCAGCCAUUCGAACCAUUCGGGCACAAACUUUCAUGCCAGGACGCUCGGUUUCCUGCCGGAUGGCGCCGACGAGCCGGCGCCCGAGCUGCGGCGCGCUCGGGAAAUUCUCAACGGUGUUUCUCCGGACUCGCAGGCUGAUAGGGAACUCGAGAGGCUGUCCAUGGCAUACAACCAGAACGGGUCUCCGGCCGACUCGGCUGGCUCGUCGGUGAUGUUCACACAAGCGAACGCCACGCCGAUGCCGCUGGUGCAUGACCCUCUAAAUGACCCUCGGCAUAUGGUGUAUCCCGUGGGCCAGACCACGGGUAUAGACCCUUUCCAUGCUGACCAUAUUCACAACAUCCCCUACAGUAGACCGCUCAGUAACCCUAGCGCCGUGGCCGAAGCCCCGUCCCAGAUCACGCCCCCGCCCAAAGAACACGUCGAAUCUCUGUGGCGAGGCAAAAAGCCUCUCAUUCUGCUCGUUGAGGACGACCGGACGUGCGCAAGGAUUGGUAUCAAAUUCCUGACCAGCAUGGACUGCAGUGUCGAGACUGCUCGUGACGGUCUCGAAGCUGUCGACAAAAUUAACACUGAUUGUGAUCGGUACGACCUCAUCUUCAUGGAUAUCAUCAUGCCCAAUUUGGACGGCGUGUCGGCAACGGCCAUGAUCCGGGUAGUCACUCCGCAGAUUCCCAUUGUUGCCAUGACGUCCAAUAUCCGGCAGGAGGAUAUCCAGACCUACUUCCAAUUCGGAAUGAACGAUGUCUUGGCCAAGCCCUUCACCAAAGACGGCAUGUUGCGUAUUCUGAGGAAGCACCUGACGCGGAUGCUCAAAGAUCCGCAAUCGACGGCGGGGUUGAUAGUCGACGAUCUUGGACAGAACGUGGCGGCGGGCGGGCCCGGUCCCCCAGCCUCAAGUCAGGGGUACGCCGCCGCCCCGCCGCCGGGUAUAGCCAUGGGCAACAUGGCGGGCUCCAUCAUGGCGGGCGGCGCGCCGCCCCAGGUCAAGUUCGAGCCCACCCCGAUACAGUCGCCCUCGACGGCCUCGUCGUGGCAUUCCCCCGGCCAGAUCCCCGGCACGUCGCCAACCCUAGAGGGUGGCGGGUACAUGAGCGCCGUCGGGAGCGGGCCGGGUGGUGUGGUAUUGACCCCCGGUGGCACACAGCGUCCGCCGCCGCCACCACCACCACCACCAACAUCACAACAACAACAGCAGCAGCAGCAGUAUGCGAAUUAUAUGGCGGCAGCGCAGGCCCAGGCCCAGGCCCAGGCGCAAGCACAGGCCCAGGCCCAGGCUGCCAAUCCAGCACUGGCGCGCUUGCCUGAAGGGAUGGGCGCCCUAGGCGGAGAUGAUCGCCCCGAGAAACGACAGCGCUUGUACGGCCCCGGGCCCGGUCAGGGGGCGUAUGCACAAUGA